CACAUAAAAAUGGCUUCUUUGCUAACUCGAGAGACUUGGCAAAUGCCUUGUGGAGACGGCAAUCUUGGCAGGGAAUGUGUGUGUUUGUGUGAGAGACCGCGGAAUCCGACAGUUGAGCCGUCACCCUCGUCGCCGUCGCCGUCAUUUCAGCGCCGUCCCGGCACCACCGCCCGCCCUUGGCCCUCUCCAUAAGCCGCUUCGCCGAGUGACGACGGAGGAGAGCGAGAAGGGCGGAGGUGGAGGAGGAUGCCGGUGGUGCGGUUGGAGGUGAGGAACGAGUACGGAUUGGGAGAUCCGGAGCUGUUUAGGGGCGCGGUCAGGAAGGAGGACCCGAAGGCGAUCUUGGAUGGCGUCGCCGUCGCCGGCCUCGUGGGGAUCUUGCGGCAGCUGGGCGAUCUCGCCGAAUUUGCUGCAGAUGUUUUCCAUGACUUGCAUGAACAAAUAACAGCUACAGCUGGAAGAGGGCGUAAAUUGAUGACUCGAGUAAGGAACAUAGAAUCAGCACUUCCAUCUGUUGAGAAGGCCUUUAAAGAACAAACAAGCCACAUACAUUUUGCAUAUGUAGCAGGUUCCGACUGGCAUGCUCACAUUCGAGUUGAGCAAAGCCUCCUCCUUUCCAGUGAAUUGCCUGGCUUCAUGAUGGAUUCAUAUGAGGAAUGCCGUGAUCCACCUCGUUUGUUCCUGCUUGACAAAUUUGACCAUGCUGGCACUGGUGCUUGUCUAAAGAGGUAUUCAGAUCCAUCCUAUUUCAAGAGGACAUGGGCUGCAUCACAAAUGCAAAGAUCUGAAACUGUUCGAAAAGAGAAGAAAUUUCAUACAAUCAAGAGGAAAGGAUCAAGACUUAGAAAUGGAAAAGUUCAACAUUCAGUCUACAUGUCCCAGCGUGAUUGCAGAACUACGAAUUCUGAUGGCUGCACAAGAUUCACAUCCCCAAGCAUCGAUGGGCAAAGCUUAUCUGCUGAGAAUAUAUCUAUAGCUGAUACGAAGUUAAACCCUGAAUUUUCAAGUAGAUCUACAUCUUUUGGUUCAAAGACUAAGGAAAGCUAUGUUGAACAAACCUCAUAUGUUAAUCCUCCAGUUGUACCAGAUGAGCUAGACUAUAAUGAAGUACCUAUUCCUAAUUUGCAUAGCAAAGACAGUAGUCUGUGUGUUUCUGUUCUACAUGAUGAGCCAACUGCAGAUUGUCUGGAUGAUGUCUCUCAGCAUGAUUCGCUGCAAGAACAAAGUAUUCCCAGAUCAUCUUCUGUUACAUGGGAUGAGAAAAUUGAAAUAUUUAAGCCUACAAGUCCAGUUUCAUAUGAUGACAUUCUUGUUGAUAGAGUUCAAGAUUCAGAGGAUAUUGUUAGGGUUGAAGAUCUAGAGCCUCUGCAAGUGAACUCCAUACCAGAAAAUACUGAACAUGCUGAAAUUGAAUCAUUAAAUGAAGAAGACAUCUUAUUUCAGUCUAGUAAAAGUCCAGUAGCAUUAUCUGAUGUCAAUCACUUUGAUGAAGUUACCAGUGAGACAGAUAACUAUGUGGAUGCACCGAACACAUUGGAUUCUGAGACAGAGACAGAAACUGAGUGUCACACCAAAAGAGAAGUGGAGUCAUUGUCUAACUUCAGCUCACAAGGAAUGGAAUCUAGAACAGAAAUGAGUCGAGUCAUAGUUGUACAAAAUCCAGAUUCCUCUGAUGUUGAAGCACCAAAUUCAUCACAUAGUUCCCUGAAUCAAGAUGCGACCCCAAAUUUUUUGCAUUUGAGCUCUUCAGAUGGCUCAGAACUUGUGCAAUCACCAUAUGACACAGAAUUUGUGCAAAACCAAGAACAUUCUGUUGUAAAUGACUUUUGUAAAAGCAAUGCUCUUGAUAUCUCUGAAACAAAAGAUCAUGAAUGUGAGUGUAUUGACAGUAGUCACUCUCCUAAAUCAGGCACUUCCAGUUCUCGGACAAUGAUGCUAGCUGAAACCACCGCUGAGAAAUCUAUAUUGAGAUGUUCUACUUUUACUGAUGUGUCAAAUGCUCCUUCCAUCCAGCUUUGGACAAAUGGCGGCCUUUUUGGAGUUGAACCUUCAAAACCACCAGAUCUUGGAGUAUUGAAUACGCAAAGUAAGAAUUCUAUAUCUAAUUCUAGAAACUUUGCAUCUGAUUUUUCAAGUUGCACGGUGAAGUCUCAGACACUUGUUAAUGAACUGGAUGCCAAAUCGGAUGCAAAAGUUAUGCAAAAUGAACCUUCAUCAGUAGAUUUGAGCUCUGAAAUGAAGGUCGAUGGAGAACAUUCUAAUUUAGAUUCCUCAAUUCAAGGAAGUUCAGCUGAUGACCAAUGUUCUGCAAGGGGAUAUAGUGCUGUUAAAAAAUCCAAGGGUUCUCCAUCCUUCCAUCACAGUGAAUAUGACAGUGGUGUCAAACAGGACUCACAUAUAUCUGCUGAAACUACUUCACAGCAGGAGUUUGAGCAUAAUCAUGAAAGUACUUGUAUUAGUAGUGGUGCUCGCUCCAGUGAACUUUGCAUGACAAGAAAUAGUGCCGUUAGUGAAGCUCCUUUAAGAGCUAAUUAUAGUACUGGAUCAAGACAAGAUGGGCCUAGUCAAAGCUCAAUGGGAGUCUCAUCCAGUUUUUCUGAGCUUGCCCAAAGGUUUCUUGCAAAUACCAUCCAAAGAAAAGCAUUACUUUCCACACCUUUGGGAAAUACAAGCACUGAAAUAAGGAAACCAGAUGGGACUUCGUGUGUAAAUGAUAGUAAAGAAGCAUCAAAUGGAGUUGUAUCCCAGGCAUCCCAUGAACAAAGUACCAACGAAAAGGUUGCUAGUAUAUCAGCAAAAGAGCCAGUCUCUUUGACUUCACGUUACUCUGAGCAAUCUUCUCCACCACUUGAAUAUAUGAGAAUUUCUUUUCAUCCUAUGAAUGGCCUAGAAAAUCCUAAAUUGAAGCUGGAAUUUUCUAAUGGCAGUCUCCACGACAAUAGUGAAGAUUUUGCCUUUCCAUCAUUUCAAUUGCUUCAGGGCCCUGUUGAUUCUUUGCUAGAUGUUUGCUCUGACUCAGAUGAUGACACCUUCUGUAGAUCUUGUCCAUAUUCUUCGGAGGAUCUUCUCAGUCCUCGCUCGUAUUCAAUCUCAGAACAGUGGGAACAAGAUGAAAGAAGUGAAUAUAUAGACCAUGAGUUAAAUGGUGUUUUGGACAAGUUUCAAUCCUCAGUUAUAUCCAUCUCUAGAUCUGUGGAAUUUGAGCAAUCGAAUGACUCCAACAUGAACAAACCAGGUGGAUUGGAGAAAUUUGAUACUAUUGUUGACAACAGCAAAGUUCCUUUUCAAUCUGGAUCUACCAUGGAGCUUCCUGGUCUUGAUUCUGUUUUAUCUUUAAGAAACCAACAAGAAAGAAUAUGCUAUUCUACACCAGAAGAUCUAGCGAAAGUUGAAGUACAAUCAAAAGAUGAGAUGCCGCCACCACCACCUCUGCCCCCUGUGCAAUGGAGAACAUCUAAGUCAUCAGUUACAGAUGUUACUGACGCUAAUACUGCCAGCAAUUUCAAUAAUUUGGAUGGUUUACAAGCACUAAGAUGUGCUCCUUCUGAGAAAAAGGAGCAACAUUUACCAAGAUCUCCGUUUAUCGUUGGAGCAACUUCACCGCAUUGCAAUGAGAAACAAGAUCAGCAGAAAUUGAAUGGGCCGAAAAGGUCAACUCAUUGUGUUAGUCACAAAGAAGUGGACACAAGGGAGGACUUGCUUCACCAGAUCAGGAAUAAGUCAUUUAAUCUGCGGCGAACUGCGAAAUCGACACCAAGCAACAUUCCACGGCCGACAACCGAUGCUACCAGUGGUAAUGUUGCUGCGAUCUUGAAGAAGGCGAGCGCUAUUCGCCAGGCAUUUGUGAGCAGUGAUGAGGGUGGUGAUGAUGACAGCUGGAGUGAUGCUUGAUAUCCCAAACCUUGAAGGAACUCAUGUGAAUGGUUACUUGUGCUCAGUAUACCCCAAGCCAGAGCAUGUUUUUAGGAUAUGAUAAUAUGUCAAUAUGAUCAGCUCCUAUAGGGUUAUAGUUGGCAGGUCUCAUGUUUAAUCUUCAUCCUUUUAGGUGAUCAGAAGCCUGUUUAAAGAAUAUGUCAAUAUUAUCAUCUGCUUUGGUGCAAGCAUAGUUCACAUGCCUCGGUAUUUCU